AUGGCUCAAGAGACGCACGGAAUCACAUUUAGAAUUCAAAUCAGCGUGAAAGAACUGCUGGAUACAGAUGUACUUUUAAAGCUGAUAUUUCAUUUGCCAGUCAAUUAUCCAUCAACUCUGCCAGAUAUUUCCGUUAACUCAGACCAGCUUACAAGGGCCCAAUGUAUGGACGUGAAAGAUAAAUUACUUGAACAAGCAAAGAAGCAUCUUUCUGAACCCAUGGUACACGAUCUGAUUCUUUGGGUACAGCAGCAUCUUAAAUAUGUCAUUAAGCAAUCAGCAACAGUUUCCAGUGAAAAAACUGCUUUGUCAAAAGGAACAAGUAUAGAGGAUGGUACCUGGAUGCUUCUUUUGCAUUUAGAUCACAUGAGAGCAAAGGCAAAAUACGUCAAAACUGUGGAAAAAUGGGCUUCAGAUCUAAGGCUGACUGGAAGACUGAUGUUCAUGGGCAAGAUAAUAUUGAUUCUUCUUCAGGGUGACAGGAGCAACAUUAAGGAGUACUUGAUUCUUCAGAAAACUUCUAAGGUAGAUGUGGACUCAAGCGGAAAGAAAUGCAAGGAGAAAAUGAUUAGUGUACUGUGUGAGACAAAAGUACAGUCACAGCAUAAAAGGUUUCAGACGUUUGAAGUCAAAGAAUAUUCAACGCUGGAUGAGCUACAAAAGGAAUUUGAAACUGCAGGACUUACAACUCUCUUCUCUGAGUUUGUGCCUCCUCUCUUAAAAUAAAAUGAAAAGAAAACACUGGACUCUUUGACCAAAGCAGUAGCUGACUGCAGAUGCCAAUGGCAGAUAAAAGGACUCAUUUGGCAAACAAGGUUAAAGCAUUUCUGUAAAAAAUGCCAGAAAUAGCCAUCCUCUUGCAAGAGGGAGAAGGCAAUCAAUACAUUAAGAAUUGAUAAUUUUUUGACAUUUAUGUAUUGAUAACUUUUUCCAAGGAAUGUGGAGUUAAUUAUAAUAAUUGCACGGCAAGCAUG